AAUGAUCAAUUAUUUCUAUGGACAUAUGAAAUAUAAAUCGAUAAAGUGAAGAAGACGAAUUAUUUUUGAAAGGAUAAUUUUUCAUACUUUGGUAAAAAGGAUAUAACGAAAUAUCUUUUGUAAAAUAUGACGACGGAAUCAUUGCCAAGGGAUGUGGAUGCCCACAUCGUAAAUCUUUUGACGAGACUUACGAAUAUAAGAGAGAAUAAUCCUGAUUUAUCCGAAAGAAGGAUACCAAUGUUAACCGAGGCGCGAAGUUUGGAACUUUGGAGGGCGGUAGCAGUUGAGUGCCUUGCAACUUUCCUCUUUGGUUUGGUUGUAUCCGGAGCAGCCUCUUCUACUGCAGUCUCCGGAAGUGGACUCUCCAUCCUAGCGACCGCAAUUGCUUCCGGUUUCGCCGUUUCAGCGAUCUAUUUCAUUUUCGGCCAUGUUAGCGGAGCACACAUAAAUCCUGCAGUAUCAAUAUCCUUUUCUCUAUGUCGACGUAUCUCACCGUUACGUGCAGCUCUUUACAUAGCAGCUCAAUGUGGUGGAGGUAUAGCAGGAGCUGCAAUGCUGUACGGGGUUACGACACCUUCCAAUACGCAAACGUUAACAUCACCCGGACGUAUCAGCGGACCUAUCGAAAGACUUUUAGUCGAACUGGCACUUUCGGUUCUUAUCGUUUUGGCCCAUUUUUCUGCGGAGACAUCAAGGUCCUUAUCCAUUGGGAUCUCCUCGAAGUCAGCCGGCGUUUUAGGCGCCGCAUAUACAGCUGCAACUCUCGUUUCGAGUCCGUUUGUGAAUCCAGCACGUGCUUUGGGACCUGCUUUUGUAAUGAAUCGUUGGGAAAAUCAUUGGGUUUAUUGGGUCGGUCCUAUAUCGGGUGGUGCUGUCGCUGCAUUGCUUCACGAAUACGUUCUUAGUCCAAGAAGAUCGAGAGAUUCUCGCGAGAUGGACGACGGUGAUAAUUCAUCAAUGAGAUCGGACGAGGAUACUUACGAUGACUUGGACAAACCAAGUGGGCCAAAGUUUCCUGGAGCAUAUGCUACCUAUCGUCCAGUUGCCGGUGCCUCCUCAUCUAUCUACAGUGCACCUCCGACAGCAUUGGAACGCGUAGAAUCGAUCUACGGAGGCACCAAGUCUCUCUAUUGCAAAUCCCCACCUCUAACUAGAGCGAAUCUGAAUCGUUCGCAAAGCGUUUAUGCUAAAUCGACGUCCGGUCCGCGGGACGGUUUGAUGAUACCAAAACCAGGCCCACUUGUACCAGCUCAAAGUCUUUAUCCAAUGAGAAUAGGACAGUCUACUACGCAAAAUGCAGGAAGGGAUGCCCAACAGGCAUUAACCGGUCCUAAUCAAUCAUCCCAAAAUCACAACAGUACCAAUCAAAACAUGCAGAAUCAAUUGCAACAAUGUACGCAGAGUAUAUAUGGCAUAAGAGGAAUAUCGACGAGUCUGAGUACGCGGGAGAACGGAAUUUAUGGUAUGUCGACGGGAUCUAGUAUAUAUGCUAGAGCACCUGUACCACCGCCUAGUAGCCAAAGCUCUCAUCAAUCUGGACAAAGCGGUCAAUCCUCUACGCAAGGUCAUCAACAGCAGCAACAACAGCAACAACAACAGCAACAGCAACAACAACAACAACAGCAACAACAACAACAACAAUCGCAGCAACAACAACAACAACAUCCAAAUGGCACGCUCUCAACCAAUUCCGAUAACGCAGCAAAUUCGAGGAGACCCGAAAGCAUGUACGGUCAUGUAUCAAGACGUAGCGAUGAUUCCGCUUAUGGUAGCUAUCAAGGUUCAACCAGAGGGAAUUAUGGUAAAGUUCCUGGUCCAGCUGGACCAUCUAAUGGACCACCUGGACCACCUCAGUAUCGUGAUCAAAAUAGACCCAGUCCAGCAGGACCUCUUCAACAAAAUCAGAAUCAACAAAGUAACUUCCAAAGGAAUUCACCGAAUCCUCUUUACUGAUCUUCAAUGACUGCUAGCAUUUCUGUACCGGAUAAAGCCUAUUGGAAUCUACGAGCGGAACGUGCCAUUUUAUAAAACGUACCUCGUGAGCCUACGAAUAUGAGAUCUAUAUAGAGGGCCCCGUACAGUUUAUGCGAAAAACAUUAAUCGGAUAAUCGAUUAUAUAAGAAAAUUUGAUCAAGACUUUUCCCCCAUUUUUUUGCUUCCUUUUUUUUUGUUUUUCUAUUUUUUGUUUUUGUUUUCUUUUUUUUUUUUUUUUUUUUUAUUCCUUCCCUAUGUUAACCGAUCGUAAUCGAUCGAUCGAUUAUAAGUGAUUUUUAAAACCGUACCGACAAUUAGUCUUAUUAGAAAUCUAUUUAAGUACGUAAGUAAAAUUCGUACGUACGAUUUUAUUCGAUUUUGUAUAACCAAGUAUUGUACAAUAGUCCUGUCCUAUCGACAGAAUAUUAUCAUAGCGAUGUUAUUGAUAUAAAUUUAUUAUAAUAAUAAUAAUGAUGAUGAUGAUGAUCAUACGUAAUCGUGAUCUUGAAUGAAAAAUUCAAGAAACAUAUGGAUUUUGCAAUUCAAAUUCAAAUUUUUUCCAAAUCAAAUUCACCCGUUUGCAAAUCGAUUUUUUUUUUUUUUUUUUUUUUUUUUUUUUUUAUUAAUAUUAUUCCUUUUCUUUUUUUUCUUGUUUUCUUUAAUGUUUAUUAAACUUUAAUAAUAAAAGAUAUAAUCAAUUUAUAAUAUUCCAAAGCAUUUGUCAUAAUCUAAACGGUAUUGUUAUCAAUUAUAAAUUAAAUUAUCGAUAAUCAAAAGAAAAAUCAAAACGCCAAUAACGUCGAGUGAAUUUCUUUGGCAAAAAGGGAUGAAUUUGAGGUGCAUUAAUAUCUGUAUUUAGUUCAAUGUACGUAAAAAAAAAAAAAAAGAGAAAAAGUAAAAAAAAAAAGAAAAAAGAGAAAAAAAAGAA